AUGCCGAUCGUGGAGUUUUGGAUCGCCCUCAGUACCACGGUACUGUUAAUUACCGGGUUCGGAAUUUGUCUGAUCCUGGAUAAGCGACGAUCAGUUUGGGUCGAUCGUCGUUUUCCCGGCACCGGUAGGACGUGUGUGCUGUAUGGUGAUUAUAAGGCAACCGGACGCACAGAGCAUCGUAUGUACACGACCCAGCGCUUGUACCGUCAGUUUAAGGCAAAAAAAUGGUGCAUAGGUGGAGCAGUAAUGUAUCUGACUCCGUGCGUGAUACCGACCGAUCCUUACUUGAUCGAGUACAUGCUAAGUGAUGAGUGUAUAAAGCUGGGUGGAAGAAUCACUUCAAGUGGUGCAACGUUCGCAAGCAGGUGGAAUGCUUUCGAGGAUGAACAUUUUGAAUCUUUAAUUAAUGUAGUGACGGAGGAGAGUGCACAGAUAACGGAAAUUUUGCGUACCUCAAAUUCUCCAGUUGAUGUAAAAGCAAUCAUGGAACUGUUUGUGGCACGAGCAUUAACGAGAUGUAUAUUCGGAAAGAGAUAUUCAGAGGAUUGCCACCAGCUUCCAAUAACUGAGAAAUUAGCCAACCAACCAUCAGGUACGGUUUGGGAGGUAUUUUCAACUGCUUUUCCGAAUGCGAGGUUUACACAUGUUUUACGGAAAGCAUUAAAUCACUUUCAAGAAUAUCCGCUUAUCUUGGAAGAACUUAUAAGUUCCAUCACAACCACACCUACCACGGAUGCUAACUUCCUCAAGUAUAUGAAACAUGUGGAGCAGCACGCUAGUACCACCGAUCGUAUGGCGUUCGAAGAUACAAAAACACUCAUGCUGGAGCUAGUUCAACAUGUGUUUUACGUAGCGUCAGGCACGACAAUCGCUUGUCUGUUUGAGAUGGGCCAUAAUCUAGAGAUACAAAACAAUCUACAUAAGGUGCUGAAGCGAUCGGGCGAUUCAAUGGUUGAUUUGCUGGACAAAGUUAUUGGAGAAACGCUUCGCAAAUAUCCUCCAAUUGAUGAGAUAUCAUUUGUGACCGGUGCCAACCAUCGACUUCCUAGUGGUGAACUAAUGGUACCGAGUAAUACGAAAGUGAUCAUUCCUAUCUUCGCACUUCAUCAUGAUGCUGAAUUUUAUCCAGAUCCAAAUCGGUUCGAUCCAGAGAGACCGGUUUUAAGAUCAAGGAAAGAAACUCUUCUCUACCAGCCCCUAGGUGGCGUACCAUUCCCGAUUGGCUCAAACUUGGCUCUGAUGAUUGUUCGUGUGGGAUUGGGCAAGAUUUUGAAAGAGUGCACCGUGCGUUUGACUUCGGCAACUCCUUCAACGCUGAAGAUAUCGCCAAAUCAACCGAUACCGUACCCUAGCGGUCGUGUUGAGCUGCUGAUAAGCAACGCCUCUUAAGCUGUUACGCCGUGUGAUGGUUUUGUAUCUAUCUUAAGCCAAGCUUAUCAAUAAAAAGAUUACUAGUACGUUUAUAGAGAUAUAGUAUUAAUAGAAGAGUACAUGUACAGUACAGAUGUUGUAGACUAAUCAUGAAAUUAUUAUUAAUAUUCUCUUGUAAAUAAUAUCAUCCUUCUAACCAAAGACUUAAAACUUACACAAAUAUUGAUUAAUAACGUGAAAAGUUCUUGUACAGAUUGGUAAAAUUUCCUGGUUCAGAAUGUACUGGAAAACGUCAUUUAGUGCAGGAAAUACCUCCACGACAUUCGUCAUUGUAUGCGCGUGAUAAGUAGGGAUACGAUUACUACCCGAAACCCUUAUAACUUGAUUAUUUCUGCAUCAUUCGUUAAGACCUAGAUCCAUUAUACUUCGGUUAUUGCAGGCAACAUUAUCUAAUCGGAAAAUUUUGUGGAUUCAAUAGGCUGUAAAAGGAAACUGUAUAAAAGCUUCUGUUUUAAGCUGGCUUCCAAGAGA